GUUGAAAGUUUACAAUUUGAAGAGAGUUUUUGCUUUGCUCAAAUUUUUAGGGGUAAUUGCAAUAUUUUAUGAUAGAAGUUUUUUUUUCAUCCUAUUUAGUCGUUAAUUUCAUUUUGCCCUCUACUUCACUUACAAAAUUUUGUACAAAGUAAGAAACCCCGCGAGAGAGAAAUCAGAUCCAAACUCUUUCAAAUUUCAAAAUUAGCUGAAAACUGUUCCGUCCUUUCAAUCGAAAUUCAAAACCCUAAUUCCCCAAACAAUGGAAGCUCUCUACAAAAAACUCUACUCCAAAUACACCACUCUCAAGACUAACAAACUCUCCGAAUUGGAAGAUGUUAACAAGGAACAAGAACUCAAAUUCCUCAAAUUCGUCUCUGCUGCGGAAGAAGUGAUAGAUCACUUGAGGACUGAAAAUGAUAAGCUUCUUGGACAAAUCAAUGAUUUGGGUAAUGAAUUGACUUCAGUUAGGGUUGCCAAAGACAAUGAACUGGUUGAACAUCAAAGGCUUUUAUUGGAGGAAAAGAAGAAGAAUGAAGCUCUUUUUGAAGAAGUUGAAAAGUUGCAAAAGCUUCUGAAUGAAGGAACUUCCGGUGAUUUAAGUAACAGAAAAGUCGUGAACAAUACCUCCAAUAACUCAUCUAUAAGAAUGACAAGAAAACGUAUGAGGCAGGAACAGGAUGCAUUGGACAUAGAAGCAAGGUGUAUACCAUCUGAAAAUGAAGGUAAUUCUGUGGAUAGAGAGUCAACACGAAGCUUUCUCAAGGAGAAUGCUUCCAAUAAGGAGUGCUCUACUUCUAAGGCUAAUGAUCAAUCAGGCGUUGAUACACAAGAAAGUGAUCAUCAAAACUGGCUUGUUCACGCUCUUUUUGAGUAUACAUUGGAUAUGAAAUUAUCCACUGACUGUCAAACUGGACGAUUAUGUCUCUCUGCAAUGCAUCAAUCAAGUGGUUACUCCUUCAGUAUAUCAUGGAUUAGCAGAGCCCCUGGAGAGGAAGCAGAACUGCUAUACCAUGUUCUAUCUCUAGGCACACUUGAAAGAUUAGCACCAGAAUGGAUGAGGGAAGACAUCAUGUUCAGUCCAACCAUGUGCCCCAUAUUCUUUGAAAGGGUGACGCGUGUUAUCAAUUUGAAACACUGAGGUUUCUCUUUUCAUGGCUUUAAAUUUUCAUCGGUUUACCCACCACCUUUUGGAUAUGGCUUUGCUGUACAUAUUUCCUUCCACUUCAAUUAUUUGGACUAUUGAUGAGAAACUAGGAAUGAAACUUGAGGCUAAAACAUGAAAAUGACGUCACCUAAUUAAUUUGAUUAAUGAAUAUGCUUCGAGUCCAUAUUGAAGUGGAGACACAAUGGGAGGCUCAAGUAAAGAUACAAGAAGCAUUCAUGGACUGCAUCUAAUCAAGAAGACCAAGUUUUAUCUAUUUUAUUAGAAUCAGUUUUCGUACUGUUUUUAGACUGAAAUUUUUGUGACCUUUUUAGUGUUCUAGCCUAACUUAAUGUUGUCAAUUAGUACUCCAAGUCAUUAUAAUAGCUAGUGAGAAUUUAUUUCCUAGUUUGAGGUUAUUUUCUAUGUAAAUGCACUUAUCAACGCUAUUGGUAAAUACAUGUUUGUAAGACUUCAAUCAAGGAUAUUUUUAUGCAAUUUGCAUUUUGGAGA